AUGCAUUCAAGUUUAUUAUCUGCCCUCUCUGCUCCAACAUUUCUGUGUGAUGCCAAGGCUGAAGAAAGGUGGGUGUGGGCCUGGGAGUUGAUUGGCUCCCCAUGGAUGCAACUGUUCCCACCACGUGGAAGGGAAAGCAAGACUGUCUCCUGGUUGUGCUCCUCCCAUAGUCUCUGUGCUCUACUAAAUAUAUUACUAUGUUACUCUGGCUGCUAUAAUUUGUUAAUUUGAAUAAAUAAGGUUGUUUGGAAGAGAGAGCGAGAGAGCGCUACCUUGUCAUCCAAAAUGGCACCUCAAUUUUUCCUGGGUGGGGGCUUGAACCAGAAUUGAAUAGAAAGGAAGUAAAAUAAGCCCUUGACGGACAGUACACUGUCCUGGGUGCUGACCCAAGAGCUGCAUAAGAUUAAUCUAGAAGCCAGUGAGGAAACUGCGUAGGACUGGUAGUUUAUAGUAUGUCUGAAAGAAAACCAUAUGCCUAUUUCUACUUCAGUGAAUAAAGGUCACAAGAAAAACAUCUGGGAUAUGAUUAGCUAUCACACAACCUUUUAAAUAAUGCUAUGGACAAAUUAAGGGCAUUGUGAAAUUACUUUUUAAUAGGCUAUGUCUCAGUCUGCGCCAAAUCUUGAUUUCCUGGAAUCAUUUUUUUAAUCAUCUGUUUAUCAUUCUUGCUGUGGAAUCAAGCCAAGUGAAGCAGCACAACUAGAUACUUUGAAGUCUAGUAAUGCUACCACAGUUUCCACUGUGUGUGCCUGAACUACUGACAGGACUGAACUACUUAACAAAGUAGCACUUAGCUCGGCUUUCCCAGUGUGACUUUCCAGGAUUUCAGGUAUACAAUUCCUGCGGUGGCUGGCCCAUUAGGGCAAAUAGGAUAUUGUUCUACUAACCUCAGUCUUGAUUCCUCCAAGACCACCAGUCUGCAUUCUUACUUAAAACCAGCCCUGGCUGCCUGCUUACUCCUCUGUAGUCCUUGUACAACUGAGCAGGGAGGUGGAUGGGGACAAAGUAAUUAGUUGGCUAGUCCAGUAACGGCUAGACCAGGCACGUCCAACAGGUAGAUCGUGAUCUACUGGUAGAUCACUGGACGUCUGUGGUAGAUCACUGGUAGAUCACUGCCUCCCCCCAAAGAACCUCAACAACUUUGGCUCCCCUAAAAAAAGCUCAUUUUUUUUGCCUUGCAUCCCCCAAAAACGGGGCUUUCCUUCUCCCUAAAAAAAGCUCAAUAACAACUUUGAUCUGAAUGCCUAAAAAAUGGGCCUUCCUCCUCCCCAAAAAGCUCAACAACUUUGACCUGAAUCCCCCAAAAGGGGGUAGAUUACUGCCAGUGUUUAACUCUGUAAGUAGAUUGCAGUCUCUUGGGAGUUGGCCAUCCCUGGUCUAGACUAUGUAGAACAGAGACAGACAACAAGAUGUUGCUGAACUACAACCUGCACCAUCCCUCACCACCAGCCAUGCUGAUGGGAGUCAUAGUCCAACAAUAUCUGGAGGGUGCAACAGCUGCUACCCUUGCUCUAGAGGGCUUAUCCUUCUUUAGGUGGAGAUGCCUAGAUGGCAGAUUAGCUGGGAAUUAACCUGUAAACUUGCAAUUCAACUGGUUUCAGUACCUUGAUCUGUGAAACUCACCUAGGCUGGAUCUACACUGACCUGUUUAACAUUACUUUCCCCUGUUAGAAAGAUAUAGAUAUGUUGCUCUAAAAUGCCACAGGGCAUACCUGUUAAUUACCUUGGCUUUUUUGGGGGGGGGGUUUAAAUGUAAGUAAUACCCGGCCACACCAUUUUCCAAAACGCUGUUUCUUUCCCUGCUAGGAUGGAAGAAGCAAAAAAACGGGAGGAGAAGCUGAACACUGUCCCUUGAAUACCAUUGGAGGAGGGAUCAGAGUUUGAAUGCAGUAAAAAAAAAAGGCAAAACACUACACAGGGACAUAUGAGCAGUGUUUCACCUAUAUGGCUGCAUAAAAUGAUUAAAAAUUAAGUGAUAAAAAGACAAGGUAAUAAUGCAUUAUGAAUGUAAAAAGUAGGAUGUCAUGUGUCCAUCUGCACCAGGGGUAGUCAACCUGGUCCCUACCGCCCACUAGUGGGCAUUUUAGGAUUCUGGGUGGGCGGUAGGGGGGGCACAUGUUAUUGCAGCACUGGUGGGCGGUAAGGAAAUUUUACCAUCAAGAAAGUUGCAUUAGUGGGUGGUAGGUAUAAAAAGGUUGACUACCCCGAUCUACACUAUCAAAACCAUUCCUUAAUGUUAAAAACCAUGAGUGUAGAUCUGCCCCUGCUUUUAGCUGCUUGUGGAUUCCCCUCUGGAAAAAAAUAUUUAUCAUAGCAUCAUACUGCAUGAUUCCCAGUGAUGAGGCCAAGCACAAAGGAUCUUGGGUGGUAUUUCAGUCUGAAAGAAAAAAAACCCCUCAUAGCAUUCACUAAACUCUACAUUGUAUAUUCUAUACAAACCGACUAUCCCAAACCAGACAGUUACAUAGCAGUUAAAUAAACCGGGAUGCCUGUGGCAACGAAACACAGUUGUCUCAAGUGUUCAGCAAAUAUUAUUAUUCUCCACAUUCUUCUUAAAGCAAAUGUAGUGUUUUCCUGGAACCCUGCAUGCCUCAUGCUGAAAACUUUGUUAAUCCUGUACCAUGCUAGGGAAAAGUUCAAGCUCUUGCUGAAAACUUCAUUUUGUUAACUUAGAAACCACCAGUGUGGCAACAACUGCAUUCCAUUACUCAAUCUGGAUGAGAAAGGCAUUUAGCACAUUCUAUGGUGCUGAUUCCUGCCAUUGUAAACUGGAUCCUGAAGCAUAUUAUAUCAGUUUAACCAGAUUUCGAGUUAGUAUCCAGUUUCAGAAAAGCAUGGGGCAAUAAAGGGUACAAGACUUUUAGCUCAGGCUCCCAUAUUAUAACCUCUCAUUUUGUUUAUUUAUUACUUCACAGGGUAAAUGUGUUCAAGCCUCCAAAAAAGGGUCAAAGGACAAGCUGUACAGCUGUUCCCGUUAUGCAUAUUUACUUAGGAAUAACACCCACUGAUUCCCAUAAAGUGUGUAUAGAUUGUAAAAUGCUAGUGUCACAUUUUAGCAUGGUGCUUUGCCUGUUCGCUUUAUUUUUUUGGUGAGAACUACUUGUCCGCAUGUAGCCGGGAGUACUGGAGAAGUACAUGCAGGGCUGUCCUUAGGAUAAAUACAAACAUAGCUUUUCAAUUCAACUUGGUGUCCCCUCAGACCCACAACCCUGGCAACUGCCUAGUUCACCCACCCCUAAGGCCAACCCUGGUUAGAUGACACAAAUAAAAACUGUAACAGUACAGUCUGGUUGUGAUCGUUUUGCCUGCUUCAGCCAAGAAAAUGGGGCUUGCUAAGGGCCCAAUUUGUUUACAUGUAUUAUUAUUAAUAACCAUAAUUAGUUGCUUUUUUGCAUGGCAGCUCAAAGCGACUUAUAAUAUUUUAAGCAAAAACCAAACACAUACAUACAUGGAAACCAGCAUUUAAAAAAAAGAAUCUGAAAGACAAUUCUAUUUUUUAAAAAGGUAGAUCGAAACAGCCCAACCCCACAAAAGGCUGUAAUUAAAAGCCAAAGCCUGAUGGAAUGAAUGAACGAUCUUCCCUAGAAGAUAAUGUAAUUAUGGUACCAAGCAGUGCUUUUUUUAAAAGAAAAAGAAAACAAAAAAUGUCGGUACUCACCAUGAAGUUUUUACAGUAAGUGCCACACUUUUAAUAUUGGGGGGUGGGGUGCUGGUACUGUGUACCCUUGAGUACUCCCAUAAAAAAAAACACGGGCACCAAAGGAGACUCAUUCUAUAAACAGGGAGCCACCACUGAAAAGGCCCCUUCUCUUGUUGCUAUCCUCUAGACCUCCUGCUCAAAGAAGGGUCCUCAGAUGAUGUUUGCAGUUUCCAGAUGGGUUCACAUGGGGAGAGGCAGUCCUUGGAGAAUUGGGGUCCUGAGCCACAAAAGACUUUAUAGGUCAAACCCAGCACUUUGAAUGGUGCCAGUUUUAUUAGAAGUGCCAUCCAGUUAAAGGAGUUUUCAGAAUGGGUUUGUAGUUAUGCUCUCCCCAGGGAGGUUUGGCUGGUGCCUUUAUUAUACCCCUUUAGGCGGCAGGUGAAAAGGUUUUUCUUCCACCUGGGCCUUGGGCUGAUGGACAUGUGAAAUAUAGAAUCCUAGACUUGGAAGGGACCCUGUGGAUUAUCUAGUCCAACCUUCUGCAAUGCAGGAAUAUGCAGCUGCCCCAUAUGGCGGAUCAAACCUGCAUCCUUGGGGUUAUCAGCACCAAGGUUAUUGGUUUCUUUUGGUUCUUAAUUUUAUUAUGCACUUUGUGGUUUGUUGGUUUAUUUUCCUUCUUAUUCUUAUUGUGUUUUUCAUACUGUCAUGUUGAUGUUGUGAGCUGCCCUGAGAGGUACAGACGAAAGGCGGUCCACAAAUUUAAUACAUAAUAGUAAUUUUUUGUGAUGUAUGGAAUUAAUAGUGAUGUAUGGAAGUGAGAGCUGGACCAUAAAGAAGGGUGAUCACCGAAGAAUUGAUGCUUUUGAAUUAUGGUGUUGGAGGAGACUCUUGAGAGUCCCAUGGACUGCAAGAAGAUCAAACCUAUCCAUUCUGAAGGAAAUCAGCCCUGAGGGCUCACUGGAAGGACAGAUCCUGAAGCUGAGGCUCCAAUACUUUGGCCACCUCAUGAGAAGAGAAGACUCCCUGGAAAAGACCCUGAUGCUGGGAAAGAUGGAGGGCACAAGGAGAAAGGGACGACAGAGGACGAGAUGGUUGGACAGUGUUCUCGAAGCUACAAACAUGAGUCUGACCAAACUGUGGGAGGCAGUGGAAGACAGGAGUGCCUGGCGUGCUCUGGUCCAUGGGGUCACGAAGAGUCGGACACGACUAAACGACUAAACAACAACAACAAGUAAUUUUUAUUCUUAUCCUCAGCCACUCCCUAGGGCUGAUUUCUGAGGAGCCGGGCAGGUGAGGAUCAAGCUCGCGAGUCUCGGCUUGUUCCCUGAGCCAGGAUCCGGGAUACGAGUCCAUUCUUCCGCGACUGGGUGAUUCAGAGCAGCCCCGGCGCUCUUGGCAGCGACCACCCACCGCCUCCUCCGUCCCGCCCAAGUGUCCAGGGCCGCCAAGAGGCGGGCUUCGCCUUAACGGGCAGGGGCGGAGCUCCCCUCGGCCCUCGGUGCCUGAGGCGAGUCGUGGCGAAGCUGCCGGCCGGGAGAGUCCAGGUGAGGAGAAGGCGCUGGGCGCAGGGCGCGCGGGUCUGGGUCGGUUGCUGAGGGGUUGAGAGUCCGCGAGGGGGGCAGCUCGUCGCCGCCGCCGCCGCCUUGCCUCUGUAUGAGGAUUAGGCGCAGCCGUCUUGCGUGGCUCUUUCUCGAGCACAAGGGGAGCGCGCCGUGUGGGGAAAGAGUUUAGGCAAGUUCCUGGCACCGGGUGAGUCACGCUUUGGACCCGGCAGCGCGGCCUCUUCUUGCCCGCGAGGACAGGCUGGCCUGGGGCGGGAGGGAGCAGCAGGUUCUUCCAAGAGCCGCGGGGAAGAGACCGAGCGGGUUCCUCUCGCCUCCGCCGCGUGCUUCGCCGUUGCCUUUCCUGGCGCCUUUGAGGGGGGCAGAUCAGCAGGUGGAGAAAGGGAAAGGGAGCUUCCGCUGCAGUCGUUUCUGAGGAGCCCUGACAGACAGACAGACAGACAGACAGACGCCAACUGGGCAUCCCUCUAUAGAGGUGUCUUGUUUAGGCAGGUUGCUGUCAGUCUUGAAUGUGUACAGAGCUGUUUCCCUUUUUUCAGCAGCCUGCCUUGACGGACACUUUUCCGAAAUGGGCUUCAGAGGCCCUUUAUGAAGUUGACCUGAGUGGAUUUAGAAACACGCAGGCAGUGGCGUAGCGUGGGGGGUGCAGGGGGGGCCGGCGGCACCAGGUGCAACAUCUGGGGGUUAGGGUUAGGGGGCGCAAACCCACGGGUUAGGGGGCGCAAAUUACUUGCCUUGCCCCGGGUGCUGACAACCCACGCUACGCCACUGCACGCAGGAUCCAAACAGGUUAGAAACCUAAUCUGGUUUCUCACUGGGACCUGGUAAUAUCCUCUUGAGUUCUCUACCACGAGCAAACUAUGGUUUUUACCCCUUUGAGGGUUUUUCAGACUUUUUACUAAAGUGGGCAAAAGGACAUCAGACAAGAUACCUCCUUUUCAAAGAAGCACCUUCUAUAGAAUCAAGGGAUUGCGUUUAACAAGCUGCUAGUCCCUAUGAUUUUCAGAGAGAGGGAAAGCACCAAAAAUCUGUUUUUUAAAUUCCACUCCGUUGGCAACAACCCAUCUCCAAAUGGCAUAUUUGAUUCUCCUAGACUUAUGAAUGCUAACUGAUCUCCCCCAAUGCAAGGCCUGUCUUUGGAAAUGGCAGUAUUUGGUAUAUGAUGUGUAACUUAUUUCUGUCCAUACCAUACCUAUUCCAAAUGCAGCUGACUCCAUAGGUUUGGUCCAGUAAUUUGGGGAGGGAGGCAGCUUCACAAAGUUAAAAACAUAGGAUGGUAUUCAACCAACUCAGAGUAGACUUAUUGAAAUUAAUGCACAAGACCAAGGUCCAUUAAUUUCCAUGGGUCUACUCCAAGUUAAAAUCACUUGAAUACCUGGAAACUUAUUGCCUUCCAGAUGUUGUUGAAUCACAACUCCCAUCAGUCCCGGCAAGAAUGGCCAAUGGCCUGGGAUGUUGGGAGUUGUACCUCAGCAACAUCUGGAGGGCCAAAGGUUUAGCACAUCUGAUGCAAUUCACAACUUAACCUAACUUCAUUGAUUUCAGUGGGUCUGUUCUGAGUAUGACAACUUGGUAGGUGUGGGCAAUUUAAAUCCACCCUUCCCCAAACAAGAACCGAGUGAUGGCUAGCAUGUUGUCUUUGCUCGGAACUAUUAAGUGAUUCAUGGGUGAUGCAUUGGCAAUACAUUUAAAGUUCAUAAGUGAUUGAAAAUCCAAGCAUGCCAUUACAUUCUCUCUGGUCCAGGUGUUAAGUGUUUUCAGUUAUAUAUAUCCAGUGAGCCUUAGCUUCUUUUGUUCCUUCGUGUCUCUCACAGAGUUAAAGUUCUUGUUUGCUAUUUUGGUGCAAUGUGUAAAUGGGACAUUGUUGACUUUGCUGCAUAUUUUCUGGGUGAUGGUAACUAUGAGGUGCUGAGUGAACUUUCCCUGUUAACUUACUCUUGCCUUGCUUUUGACCACUCCUACACCUGGAGGGGAACCAGUUGAACUAUGGCUUGCCUUUCUCUUGAAUGUGGCCUGCAUAGAUUGUGAAUGUGGCCAACAUUGUGUGUUGGACAUUCUGAAGUUCUAGUUGCUAAAUCAAUGAUUAUGAGAAGCAGAAUGAUUUUUAUUGGAUUUCUCAUUUGUCCUUGAUCAUAAGGUUCCAGGUUAUAACAGUAUUUUUUUAAAAAUCUGCUAAAACAAUUUGCAAUCAGGAUAUAUAUUUGGAGUGACAAAGGCCAUGGUAAAAAGGUGAAAGUUGAAAGUAGUAUGGGGGUUUAUUGUGAGUUGCAUUCCUGUAAUGAAUGUUCUUACUUCCAAUUCUAAGAUUCGAUUAUCCAGAAUUGAAGUGCAAGCUCUAAGUUUUCAGUGGUUUAUUGCUCUUCACUUUUAUGUCGCAAGUGACCUGCUAAUAAUGUUAAUAAAGGCUUAAAAAUUAAAAACAAACUAGUGACUCACUUGAUAGUGAUAUUCAUUUUAAUAAUAGUAAUUGAAACUGUGUAUGGGGGGGUGGUCCUAGUUUGCUUUUAAGCAUCACCUUUCUAAAAGAAGAAUGUCUGCUUCUGGCUUAUUUAGCAUAGAGCACUGCGUGUGUUUUGUGGAAUGCUGGCUAUCUCUUUCCAGGCAUUAAUAAAUCAACUGCUGACGGAAUAAACAACAGAAAAAGCUAAAUUAAGGUCCAAGGCUAAGUGCAUGGCUAUAAUUUCUUGUAACUCCUUUGUAAAGUUUGCAGUUGGAUUGUGUUUAUCCAGCCUGGGUUGUGGUUUGUCUGCACGUGUUGGAUGUAAGGAGGAAUGCCAACUUAGGAUGGGUUAGGUCCUCACAUGACUCUGUGCCAGGUAAUGUGGCUGUAUUAUUCAGCCUGGGCACGCUGGAUUCUGUGUGCAGAGGUGCCACUUACAUGUGAUAGUCAACCAUUGUAGAUAAGCUGGGUGAGGUUUAGGCAAUGUGUGUGGAAGGGAGCUGAGUCUAGUGGCUGCAAUCUUGAUGCAGUGCUGCACAUUCCGUACAUAAACAUUUAUUAAUUUGGGGGAAAGGAUUUGGUGCUUCCAAACUAUUAACCCAAGAGCGCUGUUCUGAAAGUCAGUGAUCAAUACAGCAUAGAUAUGGAUUGUGGCUAACAUCUCCUGUUAGCUGCUUCCCAAACCAGCAGUUGGAACAUGGUGGAUGCAGAGUAAAUGUGAGUAUUCUAGAACUUUUUUUUUUAAUAUAAAAAAUCAUGUUUGAAAUUGUUGUGUCAGAAUUUAAACUUCAAGAGUCAAUGCUGAAUUUGUAGGUUCUAGGCCUUAAGAACUGACACACACACACACACACACACACACACACACACACAGACGUAGAGCUGCAUUUGGAAGAGCACUGUGUGUGUUUCAUGGGUGCCAACUCCCUGGGGCCCUGGGUGCUCAAGCACCCACAAAAUUCCCUAUGAAGGGGCUAGGCACCCACAAGUCUGGAUGCAAGGGCCAUGCAUGUUGCAUGGCACCCAUGAUCCUGGGCAUCCACAGUCGCAGGGCCAAGGUGCCACACCUGGUGUGUGUGUGUAAGCUGAAGCAAAAGUGGCAACUUUUCAGCACCUGUUGAAUACCUGCGUUGAAAAACAUACUACCUUUUUGCAAAAGGAAGGCUGAGUGGAGUUAACCAUGAGCAAGCUGAGGACAAAAUACUAACGGUGGCUUUUCACUUGACAUUUUGUACUAAGCGUCAGGGAACAUGGAUAUCAGGCCACUUGUAAAGGGCAUUUGUACGUUUCAUUUAUUUACAACUAAAUACUACUGCACUGCAGUUUGAGUUCAGGUGGCUUACAAUCACCUAACAUCCCAGUAACACAGCACAGUAAGCAAAACCUCAUUAUCCAAGGUUGACUGAUUUUAGCUUUAAUCCUGCUUUCUGCCAUUUUUUAUUAGGAACUGCAAGUCUUAUAAUUUCAUCACUCUCUUAAAAACUGGUGCCACAUUGGUUGCCUUCCAACCCUCCCAUGAGGAUUUUGAGUUUAAAGACAUUUUACAUUUUUAGCAUUAGAUGACCAACUGCUUCACAUUUUUAUGUUAUUUACGAACUCCUGAUGCUAUCCAGACCAAGGGUUGGCUUUUAAUGUGGUGUUUAGCCCUAGAAUUUUAAUCUUAUUUUUAUCCAACAUCCUUUGCAGAGAAAUCAGAUGCAAAUAUUCUGUUUCUCUCCAAAGUCCUUUUCGAAGUUGUUUUUCUAAUGGUCUGACACUCCCAGGCUCGCUCACUGCUUGUGAUUUUUAAGAAAUUUGUAUUCCCCACCCCCUUCGUGCCCCUAACAAUAUGCUCAAAUAUCUUCUCAUGUGCCUCACGGGUAACUUGUGUUUGUUUUAGGAGAGCUUAUUUUCUCUUUUUUUGUCCUCUUUAUUUAGAUUAGACUUGCACUUUUUAAAGAAAAGAGUCUUGGCUUUUGCAGCUCUAUUGACGUGCAUUACUAACCACACAUCCUGUUGGGUUUCUUUCUUAAUCCAUGGUGUGCACUCCAGACGAGCUUCUGUUGUUGUGGUUUUAAAUAACUUCCAAUACUCCUGAAUACUUUCCCUUUCAACGUCCUUAUAAUGCAUCUCCACCAUUUGGAGGAAUUUUCCUCUCUUGAAAUUAAACGUGACCCUGUUGAACCUGGUUGGUGGCUUCCCACUUCCAUUUAAGUUGAUUUGAUAGCACUGUAGUUACUGUUCCUCGCUAGUUUGGCAGCAUCUUUGUCUUGUACCAGAUCCGAAGUAUCUCCAAGAAUGAAGGACCUCUCAAUACCAGCUGUGUAGAACAGGGGUCAGCAAACAUUUUCAGCAGGGGGCCGGUCCACUGUCCCUCAGACCUUGUGGGGGCCCAGACUAUAUUUUGAAAAAAAUAAUAAUGAACGAAUUCCUAUGACCCGCAAAUAACCCAGAGAUGCAUUUUAAAUAAAAGGACACAUUCUAUUCAUGUAAAAACACGCUGAUUUCCAGACUGUCCGCGGGCCAGAUUUAGAAGGCGAUUGGGCCGAAUCCAACCCCCUGGCCUUAGUUUGCCUACCCAUGGUAUAGAAUGAAACUUGACAGGAAAUCUAAUUUUGUUGAUUCUGGCCAACAAGAAAACAAUGCUAGCAGAAUUUAUUCUUAUUAUACACGUCCAAGGAGACUAGUAAGUAUCCAUAUUUUCCUGGAUAACAGUCCUGGAUUUACAGAAGCCAUACCGGUUUCUGAUUUGAUCCUGAAAUGUCCUUUACCUUAGGACGUCCCUAUUUCCAUCGGAGAAAUGUUGGAGGAUAUAGGACAUGCCCAGGGCUUUUAUAGCCAGAACUCACCAGAACUGAGUUCUGGCACUUCUCAGGUGGGCACCAUGGCCGUUCUAAGAGAACAAGGGGGGUGUUCGUGGUGAGUUCCAGCACCACUUUUUCUAGAAAAAUAGCACUGGAUGUUCCUAUUUUCAUUGGAGAAAUGUUGGCGGGGAUGUAUCUGUUUACAUCAGAGAAAUGUUGGAGGGUAUGGGAUCGUGAAGGCCAGACUGCCCAAAGUAUAUACAGCAUGUUUAGCAGUGAUCACUACUUUCCCCCAGAAAAACCAAUGACGUGAAAUCUCCCAUACAGCACAUUUGCAGCUCUUGUGAAUGUGGAAUAUUGGGUAGGAGCUAAUGCAGGGAAGUGUCAUGAUCAGCUGUGGAAUGUUGUUUGUGGCAGUAAUUCUUACAAGGUAGUGUUUUUCAACCUGGUGCCCUCCAGAUGUGUUGGAUCACAACUCACACCAGCCCCGGUCUUUGGCUGCGCUGACUGGGGCUGAUGCGAGUUUGUAUCUCAAUGCAUCUGGUCACCAGCUUGGGUAAAUCUGCUGUAGUGUAUGUGGUCAGGUUCCUGUGUACCUAAACCACUCAGCAAAGAGCUAAGAAAUUUCCAGUGUUUCUGUAAAUGGGGUUUCAAUAGUCUGUUUUCUUGCUGAAAAUGAUUGUGGCAAUGGUUGAGCUGUUGAUGCAGCCUGGAAAUUACUAAUAUCUCUCAAUUUGUGAAUGCAUAUAGAUUGGUAUGGCAGAAGCCAAGCUUGACAUGAACUUUCAAAUAGCCGUUUGCAUGGUGGGAAGUAUCACUUUUUAAAAAUCCUUUCAACCCUCUGAUGUAAAUUAGACUGAGAGAUGGUAACUGGCCUAAGGACACACAAAGGGUCCAGGAUCUGAAACCAAAUUCAUUUCAUACACCAGGUGAUCAAAAAGGGCUCUUUACGAAAUGUUUCUUCUUUUACACCAUUGAUGGCUGGUAGGUAAGUGUGGCUGCGCUAGUAAUUUUUGUGGACUUCAAGUUUAUUUGACUUUCUUCUAAAUGCACUAGUCCUAGCAUCGGAUAUGUCAUCCUUCCCCCUUUAUACAGAUUGUGAACAAUUUGGCUGUAGCAGAGAAUUUUAGAAAGCUAUUGCAGACCCGAAUAUCUUUCCUUUCCUUUUCCAGCAGAAGAUGAUAUCUGCGUUGCAGCUCUUAUGCUGGAUCUGUCUGGCUUAUUCUUCAUCCAGUAUUUGUAAGUCAAAUUUAUGUUUCUUAUUUGUUUGUUUGUUUGCUUGCUUUAGCUACACCACGGUUGAUGUAAUCAUACUCCCAUCUAGUUUCUCCACAAAGUUACACAAAUAUAAGUGCCGCUUCCAUGAGGGGCUGGUUUGUUUGCGUUAUUUUGCAGGUGCAUAGCUCUUACUUUAUUUCUCCCUGCUUGCUUAAUUACUCUGAGAAUGCACGAACUUGAAAAGCACAGGUGAAAACCAGUGCAUAUGAGGGAAAAUGAAGGCUGUGUCUGUGGUCUGUAGCACUUCACUUGUGUGUAUAUGCAUCACUAGUUAACCUAUAGUCAAGUGAUGAACAUCCAUCACAGUUUUCUAUCUCUCCUUCCACCCGCCAUGAUGUAUAAGCCAACUGGGGUUGCAGUUUCUCAAAAUGCAGCACUUUUCCCAGCAAAAAUGGGAAGAGCUGUUCUUAAACCCAUUUAUUUUUCAAAAAACCUUUUAAUUUUAUGUUUUAUAUAUACUGUCAUACUGGCUGUUGCCUGUAUAUACUUUGAUACUGUAGUGCCUCUUACUUUGCUCAAUGAAUGCAAUAUUCAGAGGUGAACUUCUCAUGAACCCUUCUAGAAAAUCUCAAGCAAAAUUCCUCUCAUCUCAAAACUCUUAAAGAAGCAGCAGAUGUGCCAACACUCAAGAUUACAUUAAAUUGCUGUAUUUUACAUCACCAGCGAUUAUAUUUUGUUUGAUAACGAAUGGGGUGCGGAAUUGGCUUCCUGGGCUCUUCUUUGUGUUUCUGUUAAGAAGCUGAAUUGCAUUCUCAAUUAAAUGUUGCCGGUUUUGCAUUAAGAAUGCACCAGACGUGUAUUGCAUAGUGUUAUGCUUGCAUUUCUAAAAUUCUGAGAGCUGCGUCGCAAAAGCUGUGAUUUGCAGAUACUCAUAUAUGCGCCCCCUCUCCUGGCUCAGUAAACUUGAGUUCUCCACACGCCCCCCCCCAUGCCAAUUCCACAUUAGGGCCCUGUGGCAUUCUCUGUGCCUACAAUCCUAAUCCUACUUACUUUGGAGUAAACCUUGCUUCUGAGUAGACGUGGUUAGGAUUUGGCUGUUUGGGAAUGAAACAGGGUCAAAUAACAAUCCUGCCCUUGCAAGGCUUAUCUGUUGCUUGCAGUCUUCCCAUGUUCCAGGCUAGAGGAAAGGAGCCUUUCUCAAAAGCCUCCAGUCACAUUUUCCAGCUGUAGCAGUUGCCAGAUAAAUAGAAGGAGACAGUUUUCCACCCUGGGUUUGGAGUGGGGAAUACAGGGGAAGAUGCAGGUAACCUGACAAUGCACCACCUCAGAUUCAAUUGGAGCCGGAGAAUGAUUUGGGGCACGGAAGUGCUGUUUCAUAAUGCAUCCAAGCAUUCAUGGGACAAGUUCAUACUACUAGUUGGACGAGUUCGUGCUAGCUAGAUAGUAAGUUUGGGCAGCGUUGCUAAUUGCAUGGCGCAAGGAAGAAAGGCAAAGCUGGCGCAGAUGAGGCUAGGUGCACAGUGGAAUGAUGGGGAGCUGUGUUGUGAAUUUUCAGGCUUACUGCAAGUGUAUCUGUUUGCACAAGCGAAGAACAUCAUUUGUCACAGUGCUAAGCACACAUUAUAUGCAAUUUAUUCAUUAGGUGUACGCUUAGCGACCAAUGUGCGUGCAGGGGAGCCUGGGGUCAUCUGCUGUCCGCUGCUGUCUUCCAAACAAUACAAUUACUCUGUGACUUGGCACAUAAACGGUAGUGAUAUACCCAUAACUACGGAUAACUACUCCAGGAUCCAUCAACGAGGAGACAGGCUUUGGUUUAGCCCUGCAAUGAUAGAAGACUCCGGAUUUUAUGAGUGUCGCAUUCAGUAAGUUUCUGCAAAGUUCAUGUUUUUUUUCCUCAAUUGAAAGUAGCUGUUAGGUUCUAUAGUUCUGACUUGAGUGAGUUCAGCAACAAUAGGGAAACAUAAAUUUAGAAUUUUGCCCGUUUUGUCUUAACAAUUUUGGGGGGGCUUCAGUUGUGUAAUGUUGAAGUGAGAAGCAAUCUGCAGGCUGUGUAUAAACCCUGCUGAGACUUCUUUGAAAUAAAACAUGCAUUGGAGUCAACUACAUUUCCCCCCCUAUGUGUUUAGUAAAAUUGAUACAGGAGGUAAGUUUUAUUUCUCUCCAGUCACUGUAGUUUCCUUAAAGCUUGAUGCACACCGUUUGGAGAUAACAGGGAACUGUUGCUGAAUGCAAUCCAUGCUCUUUGCUCAGAAGGUAAUAAUAAUAAUAAUAAAAAUUUAUUUGUACCCUGCCCGCCCUGGCUGGAGUCGGGCUCAGGGCAGCUACCAUCAUAAAACUAACACAGUAUACAAAGAACAUAAAAACAGGCAAUCAAUUAAUUAAAAUACAUCGUAAAAUUAGUUCAAAGGAAAUUAAAAUCUGGACAGAUGGGAGUCCAUGGGUAAAAUUAAGAGUGGUUAAUAUUCUCCAGGGCCAACUGUUACUACUGGUCUUAUAAAGGACCUGUGAGCGGGCUAGGAGGCCUCUUUAAUGCUUGUUCUUAUACAAAAAGAAAAGAAUCAGACUGAACCCCAAUCAAAGGCCUGGCAAAACAGCUCCGUCUUGCAGGCCCUGCAGAAAGAUGCAUGAUGCAGAGGGAUGGGAGAAGGGAUUAGCAGGCAGCCAUCAUGUUUGUAUGUGGCUUCAGCCAUGAUUUGUGAAGUUGGCCAUCUGAACAUGACCUCAGCCUAAUAACCUAACAACCUAUAGUUUUCAGGCUAUAAAAUACAAUUCUUGGAAAAAAGAGCAAGAUGCAAAAGUAAGUAUCUCUGUAAGUGGUGCACAGUGGGGCGACUUCUUUCUGUGCACCCCAAAUUCUGCCCCACAGGGUCCACAAUGGGAAGCUCUGUUGCACAAGUGGAGGUUUGUAGUGCAUGUGAAAUGGCAGCAUUGGCUACAAUCCAAUAUAAACAAAAGGAUAAUUUUUGUUUCCCCCCAGUAAUUUUUUUAGAACUGUUACAUCAUGUUAUUCCAGCUAAUUCUGGCAUUUUAUGAACACCAUGAAACCAAACCUCCUGGCCACAAUGUUGCCUCUUAAGCCAUCCCUUACACAUUUUUAUAUUCUGUCCUUCAUUUAUUUUCUUCUUCUACUUCCUGGAACAACAAACUAACAAUAAACAGCCAGACACUUCUAGAGUAUUAUUAUUUUGAGUUGGUUCUUGUCUGCUGAAUUGUGAUCCAAUUCCACAUCUUACUAUUCUAAAAAGUGCACCCAGAUCUGGUUAUUCUCAUGAUGUUUUUCUAAUCAUUAAAUGCUAAUAUAAUGUCAGUAUCCUGUGGGUAUCUCUUAAUAAUUAAUAGAUGUACUGAUAAUCCCUUUUUUUCAUAACAGAAAUUCAACAAGAGAUAGGAAGGAGCUCCGUGUUUUCAAGAACGAUGAUGGUUUAUGCUUUAAUAGAAAUUACGUUUAUCCACAAAGAAUACAUUUGCAUAAUACUGGAAAGCUAAAGUGUCCUGACCUCCAGAAUUUUGAAAGUGAAAGGACUCCACUUCAGUGGUCCAAGGUUGGUGUCUUUCUGUGUGAUAACAGCCUUUUGAAUGUUUUAUCUUAUUGGCGGUAUCUUUUUUUCCUAAAUCAGAGGUGGGGAACCACAUUCAGGUGGUGGGCCAUAUUUGGUUGUGGAGAACCUUCUGUGGGUCUUGCAUGAAACAUUACAAUUUAAAAGACACAGCACAAAAACUAGGAGGAGGAAGGCAGCAAACUAAAGCACUAGAUAUAGGCCAUCAAGUUCCAACAACAACCAGCUGAAAUAGGAAUAGUUUAUUUAAGGCAGGGGUUGGGGAAGCUUUGACUCCUUAGGUGUUGGUGAAUUGCUGCUCCCAUCAUCCCUGGCUAUUGCUUAUGUUUGCUGGGGUUGAUGUGAGUUUGUAGUGUAACAACAUCUGGAGGGCCAAAGGUUCCUCGUACCCGGUUUAAGGAAAAGAUGAGCCAAACAUUGCUGAUGUCUCAGUAGGGCCAGUGGGAUAGUCCUGCUUCCCUUCUCUCCCUCUGCUGGUGAGAGAUGGCAUGGUUGUUGCUGGAUGAGCAAUUCAUACUGUUUUCUGAUACAAACUUCAAAAUAUGGUACAUGUGGCUUUUGGCUAGUAAGACGCCUAUUUCCUGUUACGAUAUUGAAUCAAUGCAGCCGCGAGCUGCUGGUAGCUUGAAAACAAAACAUAAUGGGAAUGUUGGGACUGUUCCGUGGGAAACAGGGGGACAGUCAAUUCACAGUGCAGAGGGCACCGGAAUUACCUCAGAGUGUAAUAUGAGCUGUACAGGAAGUACAGGAGGAGUUUGUCUCUCAACUGCUGAAGCUUGAAGAGAGCAGUCAUGAUUUCUGUAAUGCUGCAAAGACAGAAAUAAAGGCAUGUAAAUACGUUUCUGUCUAUCUCUUUACCCUGCCUGGGGGGGCAGGAAAGAGGGGGUGUGUUCUUCUCACUCUGAGAAGGAUCGCCUAUCGCGACCUCUGCCUGGAUCCUGCUGGGGAAUGCAGACAGGGAGGCCAACAGGAGAUCAAGCCGGGUGCCUGGAGAGUGGCCAGUUUCUCCUGAUAAAGGCUUGAUUCCCAACAUUCCCCCCCCCCAAGUAGUUUUAAAAUAUGAACAAAAAUACAUGGAGCAUCUCAUACAUGAAUAUAAAUAUAUGAACAAAGCAAACUAUGCUAAGACAAGCAAAAGUAACUGCUAAGAAGAUGCAGCUGGGAACACGUAAAUUGUUCCAAUUUUUACUCUAAAAGGAAGGAAGGAUGUCCACCCACCUGACAUCUUAAGAAACUGUGUGUGAGAGAGAUAACUGUAAUCCAGUGCAUACACACUUGAGAACAAACUUUUUUGAAAUCUUUUAAGUAUCAGAUGCUAAGAAUAGUUUGUUCCCACCUUUUUUUUAAAAUAAAAAAAUUAUGAAAAUAUCUAAGUGGUUCACAAGAAAUACUAAAAUGAUCCAUUAAAACAGUUAACAGUGAUUUUAAUUAUUUUAAAUGGUUUUAAUAGUAAAAGAGAUUAAAAGAAGACAGCAGUGAAAAAGAUAAAGACAGUCAACAUCUACACGUCAACAUUUUUCACUAGCCAUUUGUGCUGUAAAAAAAGAAAUAAUGUUAUUUCUUUUAACAUUUCCCCAUUAACAUGGAGUUGAUUUCAGAGCCUAUGUCCCGCUCCCAUUGUUCUUUGAUUGUGUCAAGGGGGUUUGUGGGAUUUUGGAGCAGUAUUUUGUAUAUUGUGGAUACCAUCCCUUUACCGUGUCCCUCUGCUGUCAGAAGCUUUUCGAAGGAGGUCAAGGGCCUUGUAGCUGCUGAUUUUACUGCUGGAUUGUUUAAGAAAAGUACAGAUCUAGAAGGGGCUGUUGUUGUUGUUUAGUCAUUUAGUUGUGUCCGACUCUUUGUGACCCCAUGGACCAGAGCAUGCCAGGCACUUCUGUCUUCCACUGCCUCCCACAGUUUGUUCAGACUCAUGUUUGUAGCUUCGAGAACACUGUCCAACCAUCUGGUCCUCUGUCGUCCCUUUCUCCUUGUACCCCUCAGUCUUUCCCAACAUCAGGGUCUUUUCCAGGGAGUCGUCUCUUCUCAUGAGGUGGCCAAAGUAUUGGAGCCUCAGUUUCAUGAUCUGUCCUUCCAGUGAGGACUCAGGGCUGAUUUCCUUCAGAAUGGAUAGGUUUGAUCUUCUUGCAGUCCAUGGGACUCUCAAGAGUCUCCUCCAGCACCAUAAUUCAAAAGCAUCAAUUCUUCAGCGAUCAGCCUUCUUUAUGGUCCAGCUCUCACUUCCAUACAUCACUACUGGGAAAACCAUAGCUUUAACUACUUGCCUUUGUCGGCAAGGUGAUGUCUCUGUUUUUUAAGAUGCUGUCUAGGUUUGUCAUUGCUUUUCUCCCAAGAAGCAGGCGUGAAUGAUAAUAAUACCUUGCUAAUAAUACCUUUUGUGCAUGGAGAUAAAUCCUUAUUUGCAACUCUCCGUUCCCUCCCAACAGUUGUCCUUAGCUUUGUGAGUCUACAUUCUGUGGAUUACAUUUCUCUGCUUUUUAUUGUGCCAGUCUGUGUUUGGGUUCUGUAAAUGAACUAAGUUUGUUGCCUUCAGCUUUUAAUAAUAUUUUUCUUGCCUCUUUUUAUCUUUCAGGCAUGCACUCCUGGAUUACCUGAAGAUGGGAGAUUUAGCCAUUUUGAGGAUUUCCUUGCAAUUAAAAAUGCAACGGAGAAAGACAAAGGAGUGUAUAUAUGCCAGCUGACAUACACCUAUCUGGGAAGACAAUUGAAUGUAUCUCGUGCCAUUAGUCUAACUCUUUUUGGUAAGUUUGUGUAAGAGGGAAGCAGGGAAAGACCACUUCCCAGCCUGCUCUGGCUAGACUUUCCCUCCCCACUCCUACCAGUUCAGUUGCGGCUGGUCCAUUAGAGCAAAUGGGGCACUGUCCCACUAAUUCAGCCUUCAUUCCCUUAAGACCACCUGCCUUCCUUCUUCCUUGCAUCCAGACCACAUCCUCCGCUUCCUCCUCCUUAAUCUCAGGGUUGACAUUUCUUAGCAGGGGAGGAUGGGGACAAACAGAAUUUGUUGGCAUUGCCUGUCAUUGGCUUGUGGUUUUACCUACUGUUGGCCUUCGUCCCUUCUGCUCCCUCAGUCCCAAUGGGAGCUAGCUGCCAUUGUACAAGUCCACAUAUCAGCAAAUAAGAAAACUAUUCCUUUUUGCCAGCUGCCCUGUGUCAAGAACCCUGAUGACAUCUUACAUGCAGAUAUUUGUGGGGCUUUUAAAAUGUAGUUUAGUUUUAUUUGUAAAAUGCUUUGGAAGAGUUUAUAUCCUGAAAGAUGGGGUAUAAAGAAUAUAUAUAUUUGCUUCUUGAUACUUUAUUGGUUAGGUCUGCCACAUCUCAGAGUUUUCCUGAAAAUACUAUUGGUAAGCUACAGAAUGUAGGUUAUCUAAUAAUACCACAAAUGCAUCAUAAAUUCAUUGUUAAAACAAACGUGAUUUGUUCCAGAACAGCACUGGGCGACAUCAUAUUUUUGUUUUUGUAUUCUUUUGUCCUUUUACUCCCAUGUUGCUUCUGGAUCUGCUGAACACUUAAAGUGGUAUUGACUCUGGCCACUUUUGGAGUUAAUGUUCAGUUAAGCGUAUCUAUGUUAGGUUUCAAAAGUCCGUCUUUUCUAGAGAGGAGUCUUGAAUCCUAACGAAAAGUAUUGUGACAUAAAUGUGCAGAACAUUUGCAUCAAGAUAGUCUGAUUUUGUUCAUAGUCUGAUUAAUAGCAUUAAUAGCAUUUGUGAUGUACUUGCAUGUAAUGUCCGGUCAAGAUACAAAUAUUUUGGAUUGUAGCCAGCAAUUACACAAGUGAAGGCAGCUUGCACCAAUCAGUCUCCCACCCCCUGCAGUUCCUUGAAAUAUCCUCUUCAGAGGGUUGUCUGGGAAGGCUUUUCAGGAGGUGAAGGGGAAGAUUGGUUGUGCAAGCUGCCAUCUGUUGGUUCAACCACUAGGUAUAAACCUUUGUUUCUAGGCUGCCAAUAAAUGUUUUACUUGUAUCUGGAUAUGCACCAUAAAGCGGCUUUUUCCAAUGAGUAGUGAAAUAAAUGGUUGCUAAUGGAUGACAGUCCGCAGUAACAAGAAAAUAAUAUCAAGAACUUCCUAGCAGAGCAACGUGUAAUAGAUUGUGCAACGAUGAUUUGUUGUUUCUGUUAACACUUCUUUCCAUUGUUAGCGCCUCCGAAGAGAAUACCGCUGGACAUCAUUUAUCCAAACAAUAAUUCAGUUGAAGUAGAACUUGGUAAGCAACUACUGCACUUAAUAUGAAACUAUUUUUUCAUGGCCCUAAACUACAUCCUAACAGUUUCUGUUAUUUGCAAUUAUUCUUUCAUGUUUUUAGGGUCCAGUAUUGCCGUGACCUGUAAUGCCUCGUCGGGUAUUUGGGAUGAACCAUAUGUAUCCUGGAACCUUGAGGAUAACUCUACUCGGGAUUUAAAAGCAACACUCACCCAGUCUCUGUAAAUACUAACUCAAUUUCCUUUGGUCUUUGGAAUUAGGACAAGUUGGGGGUUACUUGAUGGGACUAGACAUCGAAAUCAUUGUAAGGCGGCAUGAUAUCUAAUAUGGUGCUUUCCAAAUGUUGUGGACAGUGUCGCCCGACCAAUUAUCAAGGAUUAAUUUUAUAAUUAUUAUUAUAUUUUUAUUUAUACUCUGCCUGUUUUCCCCUGAGAGGGAAAUACAGGUGGCAUACAGGUAAAAAUAAGAACAGCUAAAAACAUAUUUUUAAAAAACAACCAUUAAAAACAAUUAAGCAUUGUUAGAAUAUAUAUUCUAUUAAAAUCAAACAGCUAAUUACAAUAAAAAAACAGCAUGGCACCACAGCUCUUUCAUUAAAAGCAGUCAAUUCCCAAUUCCCUUGUUGGAACAAGGAAGUAGUCACCUGAUGGCAGAAGGAUAACAAGAAGGGAACCAGUCUAACGUCUCUAGGGAGGGAGUUGCAAAGUCUGGGAGCAGUCACUAAGAAGGCCGUCUUCUGUGUAAUUUGGAUACUGGGAUGAUUCAUAGUGAAACUGAAGGAACGUGGCUUUUUGCUGAAACCAGGAAAUAAUUCCCCUCAGCAUUUAAGCACAGUUUCUCUAUCUUUAAUCCUUGUAGCUUUGUUCAAGAAAAGCGUGACACAACAUCAUACAAAUCAGCCCUGUUAAACUUUCAUGUUUCUUAUUUUUUUCUGCUUUUUUUAUGCCACCAGGGAUAAGUCACCUAAUGGAGAACUUCAGCUAGUGAGAGAAAAGUUUAAUAUUUCUGUAGUGAAACCUAAACACUACCAAAAAUACUUCUGCACUGUAUGGUCUAUUAGAACUGCUCCAAGAGUUGUAUACAUCAUGCUAAAACCUCCAGGUAAGUUUUUUAUGUGUAAGAUGGUAUCAUGCAGCCUCAUGUUGUGUGGUUUUCUGUUGUACACACAGCUAGUGCAGCAAGUGAAGGGACAAAGCAGGCAUCAGAAACACGCUUGAUAACAUUUGUUUUAGAAUUUUUUUAAAGAAAUGCUUCUAUUUGGGCAGGCGAUAUUACGGGAAACAAUUGUAGUCAUGGGUGUCCACAGGAAUUUUUCCGGGGUGGUGGAAGUCAAAUGCUGAAAGCAGCCGGGUGGGCUUUGGGAAGUUGGCUGGAAGGCUCCUGGACCCUGUGGGAUUAUCAUGCCACCCCCUCCAAGCUGGGCACAAACUUCCUGGGCUUUGGGAAGGAGGCACCACGCUUUAAUACUUUAAUACUCUAAUUUAGGGAUGCGGGUGGUGCUGUGGGUUAAACCACAGAGCCUAGGACUUGUCGAUCAGAAGGUUGAUGGUUCGAAUCCCUGCGAUGGGGUGAGCUCCUGUUGCUCGGUCCCUGCUCCUGCCCACCUAGCAGUUCGAAAGCAUGUCAAAGUGCAAGUAGAUAAAUAGGUACCACUCUGGCGGGAAGGUAAAUGGUGUUUCCGUGUGCUGCUCUGGUUUGCCAGAAGUGGCUCAGUCAUGCUGGCCACAUGACCCAGAAGCUGCACGGCGGCUCCCUCGGCCAAUAAAGCGAGAUGAGUGCCGCAACCCCAGAGUUGGCCACGACUGGACCUAAUGGUCAGGGGUCCCUUUACCUUUAUUCUUAAUUUACCAGGAACAUUUUGGGGACUAGCCUUGUCCCCCUAGUCCACUGACCGCACGCCACUGUUACAGUCCUGGUCUCCUCACCUCAAAAUUGAUAUUGUAGAGUUGGAAAAAGUUCAGAAAAGGACAAGCAAAAUGAUCAAGGGGGUGGAGCCAUUCCCCUAUGAUAGAACAUUGCAGCAGCUGGGACUUUUAAGUUUAGGUGAAAAUUAUGUGGAGAAAUUGAAUACAUUUUCUCAUAAGGCGAGAGGCUGGAGACAUCCAAUGAAGCUGAACAUUAGAAGAUUCAAGACAGAGAAAAGACAACUAUUCACACAUAGUUAAACUAAGGGACACGGGUGGCACUGUGGGUUAAACCACUGAGUCUUGGGCUUGCCGGUCGGAAGGUUGGCGGUUCGAAUCCCCGUGACGGGGUGAGCUCCCGUUGCUUGCUCCCUGCUCCUGCCAACCUAGCAGUUCGAAAGCACGCCAGUGCAAGUAGAUAAAUAGGUACCACUCUGGCGUGAAGGUAAACGGCGUUUCCAUGUGCUGCUCUAGUUCACCAGAAGCGGCUUAGUCAUGCUGGCCACAUGACCCGGAAGCUGUACGCCGGCUUCCUCGGCCAGUAAAGUGAGAUGAGCGCCGCAACCCCAGAGUCGGCCACGACUGGACCGAACGUUCAGGGGUACGUUUACCUUUACCUAAACUAUGGAACCUGCUUCUACAGGAGGCAGUGAUGACCACCAAGCAGGAUGGCUUAAAAGGAGGAUUAGACAAAUUCAUGGAGAAGAGGACCAUCAGGGGUUACUAGCCAUGAUUGCCAUUCUUUGCCUUUACAGUUGGAGUCAACAGUGCUUCUGAAUACCAGUUGCUGCAAACACAGAAGGGGAGAGUGCUCUUGGGCUUGACUCCUGCUUGCAAGUUUUCUCACCGGCAUCUGGUUGGCCACUGUGAGAACAGGAUGCUGGACUGGGUGGGCCAUUGGCCUGAUCCAGAGUCCUCUUCUUAUGUGGGCACAAACUUCUUAUGCAAUCUGUCACCAUGACACUGUGCACCAUUGUUUAUUUGCCUCGCUUUUUUUAAACUUCUUGUUUUACCUUUGCCAAUACAGCUCAGAACUUUCAGGGUUAUUUGAUUGGAGGUCUUGUUUCCCCGCUCCUUGUUAUACUGGCAGCUCUGCUCAUCUACAAGUUUUUCAAAGUUGACAUUGUGCUUUGGUAUCGGGAGUCCUGCCAGGUUCUUCUCGGUAAGGGAGGUAGGUUUGCUGCUGUAUUUUCAAUAGCUUGAUGCCAUCUAGUGGUCAAUGAGAAAUAAAAGGGUUUCUCCUCCCCAUCAUUUAAAAUUUUUGUUGUACAGUGGUACCUCGGGCUACAGACGCUUCAGGUUACAGACUCCGCUAACCCAGAAGUAGUACCUCAGGUUAAGAACUUUGCUUCAGGAUGAGAACAGAAAUUGCAUGGCGGCGGCAGGAGGCCCCAUUAGCUAAAGUGGUACCUCAGGUUAAGAACAGUUUCAGGUUAAGAAUGGACCUCCAGAACGAAUUAAGUUCUUAACCCGAGGUACCACUGUACAGUGUACUUUGGUUCUCAGACUUAAUCUGUUCUGGAAGCCCAUUCCAAAACCAAAGUGUUCCAAAACCAAGGCGUGCUUUCCCAUAAAAAGUAAUGCCAAAUGAAUGAUUCGUUCCAGACUUUUAAAAAACAACCCCUAAAACAGCAAUUUAACAUGAAUUUUACUAUCUAUUGUGACCAUUGAUCCAUAAAAUGAAAGCAAUAAACGUACUGCAGUCACACAGUCAAUCAAGAAAUCAGUAACUGAACUGGGUUCCACACAGUCACAAAAACAAAACAAAAAAGCCGCAAAAAACAAAAAUGCAAAAUAAAUAGCAAAAACAGACAGAGCUCAUUGUUACACUCAAAAUGGAAGUGUGGCACUCAAAUUGGAAGCGUAACACUCAAAAUGGAGCACGUUUGGCUUCUGAAAAUAGUUCACAAACUGGAACACUUACCUCCAGGUUUGCAGUGUUUGGUUUCCAAGUCUUUUGAAUACCAUGACGUUUGAGAACCAAGGUACCACUGUAACAAGGAGUCAAUGCUUACAGGCUUCCAUGAGGGAUUAUGUUUCACUCGCCAUUUCUGUCUAUGCUUUUUAUAAAAAGGAGGGAUUGGAAUGCUUUGCCUAGUUUCAGCUGAGAGGCCGUGAUAGUAUAGCGACCCUUAUCAUACAGCUGUGGUCAUCCAGACCUUGUUGGAAUGCAGCUCCCGUGACUGACCAUUUGCUAUACUUACUGUUCAGCAACAUCUAGAAUCAUAGAAUCAUAGAAUCAUAGAGUUGGAAGAGACCACAAGGGCCAUCGAGUCCAACCCCCUGCCAAGCAGGAAACACCAUCAGAGCACUCCUGACAUAUGGUUGUCAAGCCUCUGCUUAAAGACCUCCAAAGAAGGAGACUCCACCACACUCCUUGGCAGCAAAUUCCACUGUCGAACAGCUCUUACUGUCAGGAAGUUCUUCCUAAUGUUUAGGUGGAAUCUUCUUUCUUGUAGUUUGGAUCCAUUGCUCCGUGUCCGCUUCUCUGGAGCAGCAGAAAACAACCUUUCUCCCUCCUCUAUGUGACAUCCUUUUAUAUAUUUGAACAUGGCUAUCAUAUCACCCCUUAACCUCCUCUUCUCCAGGCUAAACAUGCCCAGCUCCCUUAGCCGUUCCUCAUAAGACCAUGCAUAUGUUUAAUAAGAAGCAGAUACUACUUCUUCUUCUUUUUUUAAGUACCCUGACUCUGGACCUUUGAUCUUAAAUCUUUUGGGAUACUGAGUAAUUUUGAUUUCAUUGGUAUUAUUUGUCUCUUGGUCCUUUUAACAGCUAAUGGUAUAAAAAAAGAUAUGUGAAAAUUUCUCAGUCUUGUUGGAAGCCACCCAGAGUAGCUGGGGCAACCCAGUCCAAUGGGCAGGGUACAACUAAUAAAUGUAUGUAUCUAUUUAUUGGUUUAUUUGAUAUAGUCAAACACAUAGUGGUGGUUCACACACUAAGUCUCCAGCAACAGGAAAGAAUGAGAUAUUGUUUCCUUUAGGAAAACAUAGAAAGCACAAUGUUUUUAAACUACAUUUUCCUUUUUCUAGUUUCAGACGGGAAGCUCUACGAUGCGUAUGUGUUGUAUCCCAAAAAUUCAGCGAACUGUGCAUAUUCAUCUGAUAUCUUUGUCCUGAAAGCAUUGCCUGAAGUCUUAGAAAAGCAAUGUGGCUAUAAGCUCUUUAUAUGUGGAAGGGACGAUCUGCCAGGGCAAGGUAUGUAUAUUAAAGAAGUGUGUUUACGUUUGACAGAGCAUUGUUCGGAGACAAACUCCGUGGUAAACUACUUGAAAUUAUGAUUGUAUCUCAGCUGCUUGCAGAAGGUCCUUGGCAUCUCGAUUUAAAAAGAUCAGAUACGUACAAGCUAUUGUCCUGAAGCAAGGUCUGAGGGCAUACAUUAUUCAGCCACCUUGCUGAAGCUAAGCAGGCUUGGUUCUGGUCAGUGCCUGGAUGGGAGACCACUCCCAUCGCAUGCCACUUUAUUUACUUCACUUUAAAAGCUGGGGGUGCAAUGCUCAACCAUGUGUGGGUUAGAGCCCAUACUUUGCAUGCAGAAGGUCCCAGUUUGCAUCUUUGGCAGUUCCAUGUAGGCUAAGAUUGCUGAAACCCUGGAGAGCUGCUGCCUGCAUAGACAAGACUGAACUAAUUGGACUAACAGCUUGACUCUGUAUACAACAGUUUCAUGUGUUGAUUUAAAUGUGUAUGUGGUUUUCCUCCACAUUUGUGGUUCUAGAUCAUCAUAAUGCCCACCCCAAUUCCUUCUCAAUAAUUGUUUCAGGCCUUUUCCUUCACCCACUUUCUUCCUUUUUCUUGACAUUUCAUCUUGCUUCUUGGAUAUUUCGGUGAUAAUCCCUCUGCCUUCUCUUGCGUCUCCCUGACCUCUACCUUUGGACAGACACUUUCAUGUACUGCCUUGAGGACUCCCUUUUGUCUUCCCUUUUAAAAAAAGGGUUCUGUCCCUGACCUCUUGGCUGUGGAAUUCCCCUGCCUGAAUACCACUUUGUCUUAACCUUCAACAAUGUUGUCCACUCUGCUUGUAACACCAUCUGGUUAUUUUCUUACCUAUGCAUUUCAUACAUCAUUUCUUCUUCUGCUUUCCCUCGCCUGUGUCAGUUUGAAUGGGAAAUGCAUAGCCUCAUCUGAGGGUUACCUGUCAGGUAAGAAUUGUCAAUAUUGCCUGUUCUACCUGCCAUAAGGAUCAGGGACAAAGAAAAUGAGGACUAAGGCUGGGUUUGCAUAAUUGACUGCUAUCAUAAUACAGUGGUACCUCGGGUUAAGAACUUAAUUCGUUCUGGAGGUCCGUUCUUAACCUGAAACUGUUCUUAACCUGAAGCACCACUUUAGCUAAUGGGGCCUCCCGCUGCCACCACACGAUUUCUGUUCUCAUCCUGAGGCAAAGUUCUUAACCCGAGGUAGUAUUUCUGGGUUAGCAGAGUCUGUAACCUGAAGUGUCUGUAACCCAAGGUAUAAUAAUAAUAAAUAAUAAUAAUAAUAAUAAUAAUAAUAAAAAAUUUAUUUAUACCCCACCCACCUGUCUGGGUUUCCCCAGCCACUCUGGAUGGCUUCCAACCAAAUAUUAAAAUACAGUAGUCUGUCAAACGUUAAAAGCUUCCCUAAACAGGGCUGCCUUCAGAUGUCUUUUCCUGAAUUAGAUGUUUCUUCAUGAAAACUAAACAGUCUUAAUGUUUAAUUUAUAAACAAAUUUAGUUGUACGUAUGAUUCCUUAGUUAACCUAUAUUGAUGCUUCCUUUACAUGCAGCGGUGGUCAGCAUUGCUGACGAAACUCUGAAGCAAUGCAGAAGAGUGAUCAUCGUGUUGGUACCGGAUUCAUCCCGCUUCAGCAUGCAGAGACUGACCUCCGAGCAUGAAAUUGCGGUGUACAGCGCUCUUAUUCGGGAUGGAGUUAAAGUGAUACUGAUUGAGCUGGAUAAAAUCAAAGACUACGACAACAUGCCAGAAUCAUUAAAAUACCUUAAACAAAAACAUGGCGUGCUCAGGUGGGAAGAAGGCCUUUCGGAGAAAUCUCAAAGGGCAUCAACAAAGUUUUGGAAAAAUGUACGGUACCAAAUGCCAGCCAGCCGAAGACCACCUUCCUCCGAGUUUCAUUUGCUGCCAGUACUUUUUAACUCUCCUUGGAUACCAGAAGGGUUGUAACAAGACCACAUAUGCACUGUUCUCUUGAACAUGUUCAAACAGUGGGUGCAAGGCAUAGUUCCAGGUGUGCUGCAUGAAUAACCCCAGAAAGCGGCUGUUGAGAGUUGCGGUCCCUAGGAAUGUCUACUUUUGAUCACUUGGGAAGAGCCUUCUCUACCAGGAUGCGAUCAGCCAUGGACCUAGGAAGCUUCUGGUUUGGUUCAGUGAGUUCCUUGGACAAAUGGCAAAAUGUGAAUGCUUGAGCCAAAAAUUGUUUUGCAGAGGAAGGAAGCGAAUGUGAAGGAAACAGUUUCCCCCUCCCAUGUGCAGACUUUAUACGUAGUCAGGUUUUAACCUGAAACAUAAGGGCUCACUUGGAACAGCUUAAAUAGCUGCUUCAUUUGUCCAAUACUUGUUCGUUCCCCUUUUAAAGGAUAAUUCCAUAUACUAUGCAUAUUAUUAUGGUAUCUCCCAAGGAGAAAAGCAGUAAGAGAGCACCAUAUUUUUGGGGUGGAUUGUCUUACCAGUAAGCAGAUGCAAAAGCAAGAGUGUGAAUUCUCUGUGAUUUAUUCACAUUUUAAUUAAAUUGUAAUGCCAUAGUCAAUGCAGAAAAAAAAAAUCACAUGAGUGACUUUAAGUGAAGUUAUUAGAUGGUAAUUAUUUUUUACACUUCUGAAAAGAUUAUUUGCAUGAUGUUUCAAAAUGGCCAAAUAUUUGCAGACUCAUGAGCACUUUAUCUGUAUCUCUAUGAUAUGUAAUGUUUCACAUUAUUUUUAGAGGCUGCAUUCUCUAGCGUGGAAGCCCAGAUUUGACGUUUUAAAUCUCAACCAAAUAUGUAAGACUAGAAAGUGGCAUCAUCUUUUUUUGUACAACUGUGUGAUUAUUUCUAUAGGUGAAAUAAUUUUGUUGCAAUUAUGUAAUAAUUCAUUUAACUUGCACAAUACACUGAUUCCUAUGAAAUUUUUAUAUCUGCCUCUAUUGUGGAUGGUUUUGCGAAACCCACAUCUGAAGCAUUGUUGAGGAAGAAGGCACCUGAGCAGCUAUAUCAAUUAGAAAACCAGAGAGGAUGUUUUAGAGCUAAUUGUCUAAUUAACAAGAUGCCAUUCACCCAAGAGUUCUUUUAAAACCCGAAAUGAGAUAUAGCCAACAAAAAAAGUGCAGUUGGUUGCAGAACUCUAGCUACUUUGCAAUCUUCCAGGAAAGAGAUAAGGUAACAUCAAUUUUAAGCAAUCAAUUAGACCUGUCAAAAACUGACCGUUGUCCCACAGCCAUGAUCAUUAAUGCCUUGUUGACAUCAAGGCUGGGCAACUCUUAACACACAUUCUGUGGAUUUGCCUUUGAAAAUACUUUAGAAACUUGUCUGAAAUGUGGCAGUUAAAGUUUUAACUUCUUGUUGUUGCUAGGUUUUGUUUUUUUUAAAAGUAUACGGCUAUUUAUUUAUUUAGAGUAUAUUUAUUCUACCUUUUGGCUUUAAAAGACCCCAUGAUGCCUUUAAAAAAAAAAAUCACAUAUACUAUAUUUGCCAACACACCCAAUAAGACUCGAGACAAGUUAGAUGGGUAUCAGGUUAUAUUUAUUAAAAUAUAACAACUAGAGAAUAUUCAGAAUGAUUCAACCAAAUUAAUCAAAACCAAUGAUGUUCAGGCAGUGAGGUGGGUUGCUGAAGGUAUUUCAGCUUUCCCAUCUUCUGAGCCAGCUACCAGGCGCAUGCUGUGAUCACCCAGCAAGGCCUGAGGGAACUCCUCCCCCUCACUGCAUACUCCUUGGGUAAGGUAAAGGUAAAAGGUAAAUGACCCCUGGAUGGUUAAGUACAGUCAAUGGCAACUAUGGGUUGCGGCGCUCAUCUCGCUUCAGGCCGAGGGAGCCGGCAUUUGUCCAUAGACAGCUUUCCGGGUCAUGUGGGCAGCAUGACUAAACCGCUUCUGGAGUAACGCAACACCAUGACAGAAGCCAGAGCGCACGGAAACAUCAUUUACCUUCCCACCACAUCAGUACCUAUUUAUCUACUUGCACUGGCAUGCUUUCAAACUGCUAGGUUGGCAGGAGCUGGGAAAGAGCAACGGGAGCUCACCCUGUCACGCAGAUUCAAACUGCUGACCUUCCGAUCGGCAAGUCCAAGAGACUCCGUGGUUUGGACCACAGCGCCAUCUGCGUCCCUUGGGUAUAUGAACAUGACAUGCACACUGUGACCCUCUCAGUGUGGUGUGGUGGUUAAGAGCGGUGGACUCGUAAUCUGGUGAACCAGGUUCGCUUCCCCACUCCUCCAUAUGCAGCUGCUGAGUGACCUUGGGCUAGUCACACUUCUCUGAAGUCUCUCAGCCCCACUCACCUCACAGAGUGUUUGUUGUGGGGGAGGAAGGGAAAGGAGAAUGUUAGCCACUUUGAGACUCCUUCGGGUAGUGAUAAAGCGGGAUAUCAAAUCCAAACCUCCUCCUCCUCCUCCUCCUCCUCCUCCUCUUCUUCUUCUUCUUCUUCUUCUUCUUCUUCUUCUUCUUCUUCUUCUUCUUCUUCUUCUUUUCAGCCAGCGUUCACCCCAAUGCGCCUGACAGGCCCACACACUACUCUGCCUUCGAUAUUAGUCAGCUAUGGAGUGGGCUGAAAUAGCCUGUUCUCCACUUCUAUAGGGCACAUCAUCCCAUGUGGUUGCCCACAUGGCCCCUGUGGGAGAGUCCACCUCUCCUCAUCUUGUAGGGGAGGAGAGCGUGGCAAAUGCAUCCCCUCUCCAUAUUGAGAAGGAAUGGAAUUUUAUCAACCCCACUGGCUUUUCUGCUCAUUCUGAGCUUUCAGGGGCUUUAGACCAGGUUACUUGAAAGGGACUUUUAGAGAAGAGCUGUGGCUCAGUGGCAGAGGAUCUGCUUUGCAUGCAGAAGGUUCUGGGUUCAAUUCCUGGCAUCUCCCCAAAGAAUCCUAUAUGAAACCCUGGAGAGCUGUUUGCCAUUCAGUAUGGCUGAACCAGAUGCAUCAAAGGUAACUGAAGAUCUAAGGUAGGUUCCUAAGGACACUUCUCAUGUGCUCUUGCCCACUCACUCAGGUUGUUGGGGAGGCUCUGUUCUGUGCCUUAUCUCUGGAGGUGGUGUUGCCAGAAACAUGGGAUGUUCUUCCCUGCUGCAGUUUCAAAACUCUGGAAUUUCCUGCCUCAAGAGGUGAACUUAGCUCCUCCCCAAGUGACGUUCAGGCAGCAAGGAAAAAUAUGUUUGCCUUGGCAUGUCUGUGACUUGAAUAGCUCCUACAUUGUUUUCUUGGUGUCCCCGAUUAUUGGCAGCAAUCCUGGUUUGCUUACAUUUAAAAUAAAAUAAGAUGAUUGCAUGGUUUUUAACCUUCAUUGAUUACUUCCUUGAGUGCCUUAUUAUGAAAUGAAAAGGCAGCUUAAAGCCUUGCCGCAUGGCUUAUGUAACAGGAAGUCUUGCCAUGUGUUCUGGAGUGCUUUGAAAGCAUACGAACAAGCAUGAAGUCGGGGCUAAUCUGGUAGACAUCAUCUAUUUUGUUUUCCAAAAGCUUUGGGCAAAGUCCUUCCCUUAAAGCUCCUGAAUGAAUUUAGCAGUCAUGUGUUAAGACAAAAAGAUUUCCUUAUGCAUUGGUGACUGAUUAAACGAAGCAGAAGGAAGGUGCAAGCAGAAUGUGUUGCGAUGGCAUUUAUAUUGGGACUUCUGCUUUUAAAUUUAUUCAUAAAUGAUCUGGAAUCAGAUGUACAGUGAUGAUGGCUACAUUUGUGGAUUACACCAUACUACUCAAGAUUUUGAAAUCUCAGUCUGUGGUCAUGAGAUAGCAACUGAGUUCAGGAAGUGAAAAUUGAUUCAUACGGUUACCCCCCCCCAAAAAAAACCCACCCCUGAUCACAUAUACUAAUGAGCUCUGAAGAACUGGCAUUGAUUCACGAGGAACUACAUCUUGCAAUUGUGGACACAACAAUGACCACUCCCCACAUUAAAUGGGGGGUGCCCUUUGUGUGGUCGCGCGCAGCCCCUGGACCCUAUGUGGCACCAUUAGAACAGGCUUGGCUUCACCUCCCCCCAGGUGGGAUACCUGGAGGUCUACCUCAGUCAUUGUCCAAUCCUGCCUGGGGAAGCAUUGCCAAGGUGAUCAGGCCAGGUAGGGGGAGGGACCACCUGCCCACACAACAGAGGGAGGAUCUUACCUGGGAAUCGUCAGUUGGCUCCAGAGCUUCUCCCACCCUACCCACCCUCAGUUAAGACUUCUUUUGCAGGUUAACCUUUUCUCCACAGGUACGCGGGUGCUGCUACGUCAAGGUCACUGUUGAAGGGCCAGAAAGGAAUUCUCCUGCAUUGGCAGGUUUGCCUUUCCCAUAGCAAAACGCCACAACUUUGGCGAUAUCAGGCCUUGGGCGGAAUCCUUUAGUCUAUCUUCCCUGAAUGGGGGGUCGUGCAGUGGUGACCCACGCCCCCUUCCUCUUUGCGGCGGUGAUACCAGGGUUCCCCGUUAAAGGGGUUUUUGAGGGGAGGCUUUGGCCGUACGCCUAGAGGUCGCCAUUGCUCUCCCCUGCGACGGUGGCGUAAUGGGGACGGGCUCUCUCUGCUUGAACAUAUGUUCUCCAGAGCCAGCCCAUCCCCCCCUACUGGAUAACCCUGAUGUUCCUCAGAUCCCUGGCGGGGGACUGGGAGAGAUAAAUGCCCAAUGCCUGAGCCAAGGUCUACCCACAUCUAAAACAUAAUAUACUUGUGGCCAAUUUUAAUCCCAUAGCACAUUGUCUUGAGUCGUUAUUCCACACGGGGGCCUCCCAGGGUUUGAGGGACUCUGCCUGUCCAUGCAAUAGAAAGCUGUCUGGAGUAUUCUUGCUGGGUGAAGAUAUAUUUCUGAGUUUUGCUUGUUGAGACCAUUUUGAACUGUGCCUCAGGAAAUUAGCAAGACAUGUAUAGGCAAUUAAAAUGGGCACAUACCAAGGAUGAAUGCUGCUAAGAUUGUCUGCAUGUUUUGAAAGUAUCUCUGAAUUUCCAUACCAUGUUCUGGCCUAAGGAUAUGGUAUACACAACUUGCCUCAGAAAUUGUUAUUUGUAAAACUUUGAAAGACAUGGAAAGUUCUGUCGCCAUCGCUGUAAAUUCCUGUCAGCUUUUCCUUUUGUUUCUGUACUCCAAGGGCACUGAGGGUCUUGCAGCUGGAAGUUUGAUUCACCCAACAGAAAGGUUGCUUACUUCUAGGUGUACUUGGGUUUGUGCAGUGCAUUGCGCUAUGCAUACUGGUGGGAAUGUAGAAGUCGGGUUGGUUGCUUUGCGCUGAAAAUGAAUGGGAUCCUCAGAUAUGCAAAUCCUAGACUACCUGCCCCAUAUGCAAUGCACCCAGCAGACUCCAUAGAACGUUUCCACCUACCCCAAAUGUAAUGGUGAAGGGUCACUCAUUUGGGGUGAUUACAUAUACACCCACUCCCUACAGUGACCAACAAAGGUGUAUCCAGGGUCCCUUGCGCCUUUGACCACGAGCUGUAUCAGCACUCCUCCCAGUGAAAAAAAAUCACUUUACCACAAUAGUCACAUUAGAAUAACUACCGUAUUUUUCACUCCAUAAGACGCACCUGACCCUAAGAUGCUCCUAGUUUUUAGAGGGGGAAUGCAAGGGGGGAAAAUAUUAUUUAAAGGGAGUGCUGAGCAGAGCCUGUAUGCAUCCCUGAGGAGGAAAAAGCCCCCAAGAGCACACACACUCCGCACGGCUCUUGGGGGCUUUUCUGGGAGAUGGGGAAAGGGACAGAGCCAUGUGCUUUGUCCCUUCCCCCACCUCCCGCAAGAGCCGUGUGCUAAGCCAGAAGCCAGUACAGCAAGCAGGAUCGCUGUGCAGCGAUCCCUCUUGCUGUCCUGGCUUAUGGGAUAGCCGUACACAGCCUCUCCCGAGCAGCUGGAUGAAUGCUCCCCCAAGAGCCGUGCUCCCUUUAAAGAGUGCGCAGAGCAUGUGUGCAGCUCUUGGGGGCUUUUCCCCAAGGAGGGAGAAGGGCAGCCCUUCUCCCUCCUCGGGGAAAAGCCCCCAAGUGCUGCACACACGCUCCACACGGUUCUUUAAAGGGAGUGCUGAGCAGAGCCUCCCGCCUGCGUUCGCUCCAGAAGACUCACACACAUUCCCCUUUACUUUUUAGGAGGGGAAAAGUGCGUCUUAUAGAGCAAAAAAUAUGGUACAUUUUACAGGAUCCAAGUAUUCAAAGCAUCUGGUGUGAGAGUGAGGCAAGGAGGAAGGGUGGAAAAAUUCACACACUUUUGUCCUGUGGUGCGAGGAAGGUUCUCCCGCAUUUGAUCUCACUGCGACAGAAGCGGCACAUUGCAACAUACAUGGUCUGAUAGGUGAUUUUUGUGCCCCCUGGUUUCACCAACCCCUAGAUACACCUCUGGUGACCAACAAUAUGAAUGAGGAUGUGGUGAUCACUACAGCAGAAGUGAUGUGUAGACCAGGUAGCUGGUAACCCCUAAAGGAAGUGCAUUAGGGUUUGGUACAUGCCAUUUUGCAAGUGCAAAGGAUGUGGCAAUUUCUUAGCCCUUCUCCAGGUACUUGACAGACAUUCUUUCCAUUCUUGACCUGGUACUUUGACUUCCUCUCACACCGGUUUCAUGAUGCCAUGCUCUUUACCAAUCUUGGAGGGUCCUUUUCAAUGUAGAGUUGAAGAACUGUUCCAACUAGUUUUGCAGCAAGGGAACCGCUGAGAUUUGAGAGAGUUUGACUUCUCUUCUUGUGAAUUACCACAGACACACGUGCUUGUGCUCUCCCCCCCCCCGCACUCCCACAAUUCAAAGUGAGGUGCUUAAAAAUAUCAUCCUCCUUUCUGAAGCAACCAUGAUUUGAAACAGAGGUGCAGUUGGGUAAUAUUAGACUCUGGACUGCAUACAUGCCAUACAUUUUAAGCACAUUAUCCCUCUCAGCUUGUUUGGUCUGUCAUACAGAUGGCUCUUACUCAAUCGGGCCAGAAGAAUUUCCUGCGUGAAAUUCCAUGUUUGUUUCAGAUGAGAUUAUCUUUUCCAACUUGUCUCUGGAGAGAGCUCAGCACACCCACAUGACUACAAAUGUUGGGAAGGAAGCCACCCCUUUCAGAGUUUUGAUUUGUGCUGUUUUGAAGUUGGUGCAUAAUUGUUUGCUCUGCCCUAACAACUUCCUUGCCUACAACUCUGUAAACUGGUAAAACCCGUUUAAAGGAGAGGAGUGAAGCUCUUGCCACACAUCUGCUUGUGGGUUUCCACUUCAAUCCGGUAGGAUAUGGAUUAGACUUGCUUCUGUAGCUUUCCUUACGCAGCGAGAAGUGUACACUGGCAAGUUCGGUAUACACCAGGCAUUCCGUACAAUGGAACUACUCCACAGGGUGCUAAAUUUCAUGGUCUUCACCAUCAGCAAAUGUGCACACUUCCAUAAUGCCCAAAGCUGAUUUUAUAGAGGAGAAGAUCAGAAUGCAGCAACAGGUUUUUCUCUUCAACAGAGCUUCAAAAAGAGAGAUGUGGUAUGGCUGUUUUGAGCUCUCAUCGGACAUAAGGGUGUUUUGAGAUAUUAAUGAGUCUUUUGUAUUUCCAUUUAAGGAGUACUGUAGACUUUCCAGCCUUUUUAUAUUGAACUGUUGCCAGAAUAGACCCACACUCUAUUCUUCCAUGAAGGAUUACAGUAACAAGGGGCAAGGCAACUUUGGGGUGGAAUUUUCUGGAAAGAAGAUGUUUGAGACACUACAUGAGACACUACAGAGUUUUUGGACCUGAAAGGUGGUUGAUUCUCUUCUGUCCCAGGUUUGUGGAAUUAACUUUAUAAAGGCUAACAAUAACUGUCCAAUAUUUGAGAAAGGUUAAUGAGAAAAUUCUUUAGUAUUUAGAAAUGAGCUACUUAAUGUGCUGGUAUGAUCUGCCAUUGUAUACUAUUGUUUUCUUUUUUGAGGAAUGUACAUUUAUUUAUUAAAAGUAUUUGUAUAUCAUGAAACGUAUCAAAGUGGUUUACAACAUUAAAAAAGAUAAAAGCCAUACAAUGAAAGCAUUAAAAAAUGAUUUAAAAGCAGAAGAGUUAAAAACAAGCACCAUUAAACCAUUGUAGGAGAUUGCUUGCAUAGGUGCUGGUGGAAUAAAAAGGUUUUCAUCAGGCGUUUUAAAAGUUGGCACAGAAGACACGCACUGAAUCUUUAUUGGCAGAGUGUCUGGACCGAUGACACUAAAGACUCAGUUUCUCGUUGUUGUCAAAUGUGACUCACAAACUCAGGGAUGGACCAGUGAUGAUCCUGAAGAUGAUUUCAGUGAUCGUGCUGGGAUAUGGGAGUUCAGGUGAUUCCUGAGAUACUAUCCUAUGAGAUAGUAAGAAAAUACUUUUAAAGCACUGAUAAUUUUAGCAGAAGCUAGGAAUGGAGGCUAGAAAUAAUAUUUCAGACUGUUAGAAACAACCAUCUUUUUUUUAAAAAAAAAGUAAAGUGGGAGACUUGAGCAUCUUGGAUUUUCACAGCUUAGUUGAAAAUGCACUUUUUUUUUUUACAAUCUCACUGUUAGAUGACUGCAUUAUUAGAAUAACUUCAUUUCUAGCUGCCAUUGGUCAAAUAUAAAUAUUGCUCAGGAGAGGCUCUCCAUUCCUUCAGAGAGGCUUUUCGGGAUUUUUCUGUAGUAUCUUGCCAUUGGCUAAAGUUCAAAACUGGAAUGUGAAAAUCCUUCAUGGUCUUCCCCACAAUAACGAAUAGAAGUAAAGUAAAAUAAUAUAAUGCAAAAUUUGAGAUUGAAACCAGCAACAAAUAAAUAUGACAAUGUUUGAUCUAAAAUGGCAGGUGACAAAAGAGGAUCAUAGAUUAUCUUUAAUUUAAUAUUGAUGACAGCCAGGGCAAAGUUUCUAUACCUGUGGUUAAUUCUGCAUCGAUAGCUCCCAGCAAGAGUCAAAUUUUUCCUUUUUGUGAUUAUAACUGUUAGAUUCUAACGUCCUUGUAGAAGAGUAGUUCAAGCAAAACUGGAUGAAAGCAUUUAAUCAUAACUAUGGAAGAGAUAACAGCCUACUAAAUCUUCUGUGGGCAUUGCUUGGUGCCAAACAUACUGUGAGGCAGAGUGUGGCAGCUGCCUCAGGUAUCAAAUGUUGAAGAGAAAGGUGUGGACAGAGCUCUGUGUGUUAUGUGGCACCCUAAAUAAGCUUGCUAACCUCAGGUGCAGUGGAGGAUGCGGUCCUAGUGCCUUUGCAAAUAUAAGAUUCAGCUGCCAGUCCAGUCAACUUCUGCAUGUGGAAUGGAGAGGGGGACGCCAUCUUGUCUACUGCCCGAGGCAACAAACAUCUUGGCCCAGCCCUGACCUUACAAGCAGUGGCUAAUGAACUAUGGAAUCAUUAAAAUAUCCUUCUGUGAUUUUACAGCCUUAUAUUACAGGCUAGAGUCACAGUUACUUUACUAUGUGGGCCAGGGAAGUGGGAAAUUGCUUUGAUUUCUCACUUUUUAGGUGUGUUGUGGUUUAUGUGUUGUAGCUGUACCUUUUGCCUUAAGUGUCUGUGUAUUUUGGUCACUGAAUAAUAGAUUUGCAACGAUCUUAUUCCUUACACUUGAGGUUACUUCAUAUGCUUCAUUUUUUAAAUGUACCUGCUUAGCCUCUACCUGCUUAGCCUCUAUGAGGCCAGUGUGGUGUAGUGGUUAAGAGCGGUAGUCUCGCAAUCUGGUGAACCGGUUUCGCGUCUCCGCUCCUCCACAUGCAGCUGCUGGGUGACCUUGGGCCAGUCACACUUCUUUGAAGUCUCUCAGCCCCACUCACCUCACAGAGUGUUUGUUGUGGGGGAGGAAGGGAAAGGAGAAUAUGAGCCGCUUUGAGACUCCUUAAAGGGAAUGAAAGGCGGGAUAUCAAAUCCAAACUCUUCUUCUUCUUAUCUCAAAAUAUAAUGCAUGUUUGCAACUGUGUAUAUUAAUACUGGGAUGUGUGUUGUUGAGCUGGGAUUGGCUGCAAAUGCAUGUGUGGAAGUCAAUGACUCUCUCACAAGUUCCAGCCACUUUCUUCUGACCCAACCGUGUGGUGAUUCUGAUAAUCGCCUUGGGCUGAGACUCAUCUCCUCAUAAACAUAUCCAGCCAGGGAACAGGUGGCAUCUCUAUAUCUAGCAAGGCCUAGAUGUGGCCAGGCAAUGGUGCAGCAGUCAGGGUUGGACCUACAAUGGCCAAGUGAGGCAGACACCUCAGGGGAGGGGGAGGUGCUGGGCGCAUGGAGUAGCAAAGAGAGAUGUAAAGGCCAUGCUAAGCUAGCCUGUUGCCCUCAGGUGAAGUGGAGGAAGUGUUCUCCUUGGCGGCCUUAUUAGGAUUUUGUUUGUGGAAUGAGGGGUUGAGGAAACCAUCUUGUUUGACCUAGGCAGGUAGAUGGCUUGGACCAGCUGUGGGAACAGAAUGAGUUUUGUGUAUGUGCAUGAAAACUUAACAUUUGCUUGUUGGUGCAUGAACUAACAUGUUGUGUGCAUUCAAAGGGACAUGUUUCUCUGUAGCGAGCUAUUUGUGUUACUAGAGCACAAUGGUUAUUAAGGUAGCUGCACCUUACUGUGGAUGGUUAGCACCACAAAGGCUUCCCCAUUCUCCAUGUUGUAGGAGAAUGAUUUUCUGUUCAUAGAUGGAGAGAUGAAAAGCUUUUCCUUUUGGUUUCUGUUGCAUGAAGUGCUAAGAAACCUUUUCUUUUUUGAAGGCGGGAGAACAAAAAACUAGGAAAAAAACACAUUCUUGCAGCUGCUGGUACCAGUUACCAGUAAAAAUAAUAAUGAAAAUGUUUUGGGGUUACGUAUCAAGUUAAAAUGGCAUUAAUGAAUCUUCCUCUCUCUUUCCUUUCGUGUAGUAAAACAUGA